CUGAUGCGAGAGCUUUCGGUGUCUGUGAUCAACAUCGGUGGAGCGACUGCCACAUGAUGGAGCUUUUUGGUCUUAUUUAACGCCGCUUUUCGUUUCAUUUUGGGUAUCGACGAGAGCCGCUCGCCCAGAUGUGGUUUUGAGGCGAGAAUAAUAAGAGGAAUUUGAGGUUUCGUCUCGUCACUCGCCUGGCCUGUCUUGUGACUGACACAGGUGGAUUGCCGCUGGAAAACGGCAUCGAAAUGAAGACAUAAUACUGGACUAUCACAGAGGCAACGGGUCCCGUAAUUACCUCUUAAACGGUGGAAUAUUGAGGAGGUCGUUAGGUUUAGUUUCACUGAGAGGGGUGGGGGGGUGGACCGUUUGGUGUGUUAGCUAGCUAAUAGGCUAAUUUCGCUAGCUAGUCAGUUAGCAGCUUCCCUGGCCAAUGGCACGAAAGAACUGGGAUGCUCGAAGGAGGAGUUAACGUCCGUUGCUAGCAUAAAAUCGCAUGAGGAAAGACAGUCGGUGAUAUAUUUAGCAGGCCGCCUUGUAAUGAGAGUUUUUUUUUUUUUAACAUCAACGCUACACCUCGAGGUUAAUUCGGGUUUGAGUAACGCUGGUCUCACCGGUUCCUCGCCGCACUGUCUGCUCCUCUGGAAAUUAGCUUGCGAUGGAUAAGAUUAGAUAAUCGGCUAAGAAAGCUAAUGUUGACAAACACUGGUGACUUAAAGUUAAACUUAAUUUUUAUUCCAUCACGCUAUCUGGUGCUGUCAGUCGUGUGAGUCAGCUCAGCUCUGAGACUUUAUUUCGGCGAUUUUUCCAGCUUUCAGGCCGAUGUGAAGCAUGUUGACGUUGGAUGUGCUGAAGCUGAAAGAUUUGGCAACAACCGGGAGUGGAUCUGCCAUGACAGAGAGGGACAUAGUGAGUCAAAACACAUUUACAUCAGUACUAUAUUCUGUAAAGCUAAGAAAUUAAUAUGAGUUUUGAGUUUAGGUAACGCUCUUGUCGAGAUGUGGAAGGCAGCCACUUUAGUUAAAACAACAGUUUAUUAAUCCGUUGGCUGACUGACAUUGUUAAUAAGACAAACUACCCCCUUGAAAGUACUCCUGCAAAUUUACCUUUGUGGAGAUAUUGUAAAAUUCAUAACACCUGCCAGCCUUUUUUAAAUGUAAGAGCAGGACAAUGCUUGUAGGAAUCCCACACAUUUGUUUAAAGAAUCCACUGACAACGUGUGUUGUCAUUUAAAAACAUGGCAUUAAAAUUGAAGAACUGGAUCUUGACGACAGCAGUGAGAUAAGACUUCACCAGCUUUCUCAAGUUUGCAAAAGGGAACCAAUAUAAAUGGAACCGACAGUUCUGUCUAGCCCUUUGGGGCACACACAGUGGGAGUCAGACCAGCCAUUUCCUCUUGGAUUUCAUACACUGGAUUUAGACAAUGGAGGUGUGCUCUGUCAAAACAAGAGUGGCCAGACAGGUUUGGAUUUCAGAGACAGUGACCAGGAUCAAACAUCCCAACAAAGUGAAGAAGAAAAGAUUUGCCAGGACAAGCCGGUAGAGUUGGACAGCCUUAUAAAUAGCACUGAUUUUUCUUGUGGAAACUUGCUGUUUGAGGCUGAUCAGUCCACAAUUUCCAAAGCUUCUCUCCAUGGUACUCAUCUAGAGGAAUCGUCUUACACAGAAAAAUCCAAGGAAUCUGAUGAAAUCAGUGACUGUGCUUUAUCAUGGCUAUUUCCUCCCAACCUUACUGAAGUGGUUGGAAAAAACUCUGCCUGUGAGGAACUCAAUCUGACACAGGAGGCCACUCUUGAGGGCUCAAAUAGUCAGGCUGAACUAAAAAGCCUUGGUGUACCUGUCUCUCCAUCAAAGAGUUCUGCAGGGGAUUCUGAGACCAACACAGGGGAUCCAUUUUUGUUGGUAGAUCUCUCAGAUGAAUUCCCUGGUCUCCCCCCAGAGUCUUCAGGUGAGUUCAGCCCAGAGGGUGUUAGAGAAGAGCUGGCAGACCUGUCACAAGGGGACCAGGCAGGUCUCCCUCCCUCUCAGAGCAGGGAGACUUUGUCACCUGAAACCGGAGACAAAGGUUUAUUCCCUGAUCAAGUGACUGAUCUGCCUGUAACCAGUAGCGCUACCCUGCAAGGUUUGCCUGAGAACUGCUUCUCACAAAACCACGUCAGCACGCCAGUGGAGUGUUUUGAAGGAUCUGUGCCUUUGUUGGAUUUAGAGGUUCCAGAUUGUGACGGCAGCCUGAGCCUGUGUCCAGCCAGUCCUGUUUCUCUUAUCAGCACAGGUGCGCUGUUACAUUUAUCAACAGAGUUAGAGGGGGAACAUGCAGGGGAUGCUGUAAUUAGAAAUCUGACUUCAGAGCAACAAGGUGAGAAUGACUCAUUUGCUGUGCGUUUGUCAGCUGAACGUUCAUCACUGACAGUGCCUCUGGCUGAAGAUGCCUUCAUCCAGGGUGAUUUCAUCAGUGAGAGUUAUUCUGUGGAGAAUGUUUCCAAGGAUUUGAUGGAAGACAAAAUUUGUUCUGAAGCCAAAAAUCAGGGGAAUGAGGCAAUGGCUUUGGAUCUGUGCCUGACUGCUGAUGAUGUCCAUGACGAGGAAACUUGGGACUCGAAACCACAGGAGGAUGUACAGGGUGGAAGUGUUCCCAAUCCAGCCGCUGAUCAAGAGGAAGAGCAGAGAGUGACAGAUACUAACCAGCUCGAGGGGUCAGAUUCUCAUGAAGUAGUCUCUCUUGAUCUUUCAGUUCAGGACUUAAACGCUUCUUCUCCUGAGGCUGGAUGGACUAGUGAGCAAAGUGUGGAGACAGUUUCCCUCUCUAAGAUGGUGGUAGAUGACUCAUUGCCAAUGGUUUCAGCUGUGAAUACAAGGGAGGAAGAUGUCUCCCCUCUAAAAGCUGUAUUCGAUGCUUUAGACCAAGAUGGAGAUGGCUUUGUUCGGAUUGAGGAGUUCAUGGAGUUUGCUGCUGCCUAUGGGGCUGAUCAGGUGAAGGAUCUGACCAAGUUUUUGGAUCCCAGUGGACUGGGAGUGAUCAGCUUUGAAGACUUCCACCGUGGAAUCUCUGCAAUUAGCAAUGGAGGUCCAGAGCCACAACUCUACAAUGUAAACUACAGUCCAGGGGAUGGAGCUGUGGGCUGUCCAGAGGAAUACGAUGAGCAAAAUGAGGUGACAGACAGUGCAUACCUGGGCUCCGAGAGCACAUACAGUGAGUGUGAGACCUUCACUGAUGAGGACACAGGGGCCCUCGUACCCCCUGAGAUGCAUGAGGACGUGGAGACGGACAGCGGCAUCGAGGCCACGCUCCAUGAUCCUGAAGAUGGCCGAAAUAGGUUUUCCCUGAACUCUGAGCUCCAUAACCACUCUCUGGUGACGGUCAUCGGUGGAGAGGAGGAGCACUUUGAGGACUUUGGUGAAAGUAACACCUCAGAGUUGCUACUGGAGAGCAGCGUGGAGGGGACGGAGGGGGAGGGCGAGUCCCCUCUCGAUCAGCCGCUUGAGCAUGUCAAUGGCUCCUCACUUCUCUCUCCCAGUGCACCUGCUCCUCUCCCUGACUGCUUUCAGAGCUUCCUCAGGGAGGAGGCGCUGGACUUUUUCUGUAGCCAGUGUCACAAACAAAUAAGUCGUCUCGAGGACCUCUCCACCCGCCUCAAUUUCCUAGAGAUGACUAGCGCUGGCAAGAGGCUAUCCAGCAAGAAAGUAGCAAGACAUCUGCUCCAGAACAGCUCGAUGACUCUGGACACCAUGAGCGACUUAACGCGGGACAUCCUGGAGCUCGCUGACAAUGACAUCACAGACAAGGUGCUUCUCCUUGAGCGUCGAGUGGCGGAGCUGGAGAAGGAGUCGGAGGCCUCGGGAGAGCAGCAUGCUCGGCUGCGCCAGGAGAACCUUCAGCUGGUGCACCGGGCCAAUGCCCUGGAGGAGCAGCUGAAGGAGCAGGAGCUCCAUGCCGAUGAGCAACUACAGCAAGAGACCCGUCGCCACAAAGAGGCCCUGAGCAAGCUGGAGAGGGAGAGGGGGCUGGAGCUGGAAAACCUGCAGGCCAGGCUGCAACAGCUGGAUGAGGAGAACAGUGAGCUUCGGUCCUGUGUCCCGUGUUUACGUGCAAACAUUGAGAGACUAGAGGAGGAGAAGAGGAAGCUGCAGGAUGAGACAGAAGCCAUGUCUGAUAGGCUGAAGGAAGAGACGGAGGCCCGCAGGAAAAUGGGUGACAAGCUGAGCCACGAGCGCCACCAGAGCCAGAAGGAGAAGGAGUGCACACAGGAGCUAAUUGAAGACCUACGUAAACAGCUUGAGCACUUACAGCUAUACAAGUUAGAAGCUGAAGCAAAGAGAGGGCGAUCACCCGGCGCAGGGCUGCAGGAGUAUCAGACCCGCACCCGCGAGGCUGAGCUGGAGCAAGAGAUCAAACGACUCAAACAGGACAACCGCAGCCUGAAGGAGCAGAAUGACGAGUUAAAUGGCCAGAUUAUCAACCUGAGCAUCCAGGGAGCCAAGAACCUGAUGUCGGCCUCCUUCUCCGACUCUUUGGCCGCUGAGAUUAACUCUGUGUCUCGCACAGAGCUGAUGGAGGCUAUCCACAAGCAGGAGGAGAUCAACUACAGACUCCAGGACUACAUCGACAAAAUCAUCGUGGCCAUCAUGGAGUCCAACCCCUCCAUCCUAGAGGUCAAAUAGAGACCAUGCAGCCAGAGGACCACUGGAGUGACUCCACAGGCUGUAAAAAAAAUUAUUAGAGACUUAGCUAAAAGAAAACUACCAACAGGAUGUAAAAAUAUUCUGACAUCAUUUUGGUAGGAAAAAAGAAAAACAACAACAACGCACUCAAUUCAUCCAACCCCUCCGCACCCCACCAAAUCUAAAAGAAAAAAGAAUUUAAGAUUUUUAAGAAGUCCAUGGCUGUGAAAAAUAAGCUAUUUUCAGUUAGAUAUCCCUCGAGUCUGUACUUAUUUGUGAAUGUAUGCGUUAGCCCUCCUGAAAACACUUGGGUUCUGGUGACGUCCAUGUAUUUGGCUAGAGGGACCUGAGUCUCCCCCGUUGUGUGAAUGAAUGUGUAAACGUGUACAAAAGGUCAGUAUCAUUCGGAGUAGAAAUCUACCCCAUUCCUUUCUGAAAAACAAAGUGUCAAUGUUUGAUUGAGCUAAAAAAAAAAAAAAAAAAAACGAUCAGACAAUUAUACCUAAAGGCCUUAAAAGAAAGGUGA